AGCUACCCAGUCUCUACAUUAUUUUAGGAAUGUGCUUCUUGUGUGAAGCCAAUAGUAUUAGUCGAGAUUUCCAGAUGAGGCUAGGAGCACCAUGCAUUUCCUAAGAUCACAGAGCAGGUGGGUAGGCCAGACUGAAGUUUCAUCUGUCAUGUUUCCUUCCGUUGGUCAUCUCAAAUAUGGCCUCAAAGUUGAUACUUUUUUCCCAAAAGGUUGCUGGCUAACGAGAAUGGUGAUCUUUGUGAGAUGCUUGGCCUGCUAGCUCAUUUUCCGUCAUUCAGGAUCCCUCACCUCUCCAUCAUCAAAAUAGCCCCAACAGUAAUCAAUUCAGGGCGCCAGUAGUUGCUAAUUAAAAUGCCUGGCUAGUGUUAAUGCCUCGGCAGCACAACCGUACCAAGACCGAAGUGCCUGUAGGAUUCUGAUGUCAUCUGGUUCCUGGGUUCUCUCCUCACUUGCAAAUUGGGCUAGAACUUAAGCCGAUACCCUGUUUUAUCCCAAAUCUGUUCCCAGCCCUCCAGCUCAUGUCAUGAGACCCUCCAUUCCCUGCGUUUGGGGAAUCUUGUUGCUGUCCCUCCUUCUUCCAUCACUGUCACAUUCCGGAAAUGUGUGAAGUUAUCAAGUUAUUUUAGCCGGUGUUACAUGGCACCUGAAUUAUCCAGUUUGCUGGACCCAGGGAAUGGUGGAGAGGGCGUUGUUCUGGACUACAGCCCAAACCCACCCUCCUCAGGGCGGCAAUAAAACCGGCUGCCCACGCCAGGUGCUGGGGAGUGAGCGUUGCGGUUCUGGAAGACGGGGGGACCAUGGAUCUCUUCAGCAUCCAGCAGUUGGUAAGUGGUGAACGGCAUGAGGGGAAAGUGCGAGGAUUCGAAGUCCUGGCGAGAGGCGCCGCCCGGGAGCCCGAGAGCUGGCACUCCGGCCCGGCUGGCGUGUGGGAAGCAGUCAGCAAGGAGAAGAGGAAAGUGGAGGAGGAGAAGAAGAAAAAGCUCGAGUCACUCAACAAUUCCAGGCUGAAGCUAGAGAGCCUGGAGGACUUGGAGGCUAUUAUUAAGCUUCGGAAGAAUAAGAAGAAAUUGAAAAAAGUGGUCCGCCCAAAGAAGCAAGAGCCGGAAGUGAUCACAGAAUCUGUGGGCCCAGCACAAUUCCUUCAAGCCGUGCUGGAAAACCGAGUUCCUGUGAUCAACAAAUACCUGGAAGAUGGAGGGGACCCCAACGCUCACGACAAGUUCAGAUGUACAGCCCUGCACCGGGCCUGUUUACGUGGCCAUGCAGAGACGGUGGACAAGCUGCUGGAAGCCGGGGCCAAACUGGAAAAGAGAGAUAUGCUGGAGGCCACCCCCUUGUUCUGGGCCUGCCGCAGGGGACACCUCGAGAUCCUCAAGCGCCUGAUCAGCCGGGGAGCCAAGAUCUCUACUCGGGACAAGCUGUGGAGCACCCCGUUGCAUGUGGCCGUCCGGACGGGCCACUCCGACUGCGCAGAGCACCUCAUUGCCUGCGGGGCCAGCAUCAACGCUCAAGACAAGGAAGGAGACACCCCGCUUCAUGACGCAGUCCGGCUAGGGCGCUUCAAGGCGGUGAAGACGCUGCUGAUGUACGGCGCCAGCCUUGGCGUCCAGAACGAGGCAGGAGUGACUCCGGUCGACCUGGUCAAGGACUGGCAGACGGGCAUCCGGGAGACGCUGCAGGCCUGCGCUGACCGACAGCGAGCCUCCGCCAAGAACUGAUGGACGGGGGGAGGGCUGUCUUCAGGCGGCAGGGGGCCAGCUCCCCAAGCGGGGGCGCUCCUGCCUGCUCCCUCCUCUGUCCUGUGACCAAUCUCUGUCCCUUUCUUGAACCAGGCAAGGGGCACUUUGGCCCGGCUGUGGCGGCUCCGAUGCCAGGGGGCUUGAGGGUCCCUCUGGGCAUCCCCGGGCGGAGUCCCUUGGGGACUUCCUUCGUGCCUCUGAGGUCUUCGAGGGAGUCUUCUGGGCAUCCGGGAACCAGCCGGGAGAGCAGUGCUGGGCAACCCAACCCCCCCCCGAGCCCGUCCUGGCGCCCGCCUGCUGGGUCCCACAGGGCCCACACCUCCCACUUUUUGGCCAGGUUGGCAAGAGGAGAGACCAAAAAGACCCCGGCGGGUCCUUGCAUCCUCCCUCUGGCUUGCCUUCUCUGGCCCCAAGGUAGCCGCGUGGAGGAGGAGAAGAGAGGCUUCGCGGGCCCACUGGAGCCAAAGUGGAGGGCAGGUGGGAGCGCCGUCGGGAAGGGAAUGGCCGCCGAUUCUGGGAGUUCCCGAAGCAAUGGUGGAAGAAACUGGCAGCGAUGGGCAUGAAGGCUUCGUAGCCCUGCCCGUUCUGUUCCCAGGUGGGCUCGGCAGGCUUUCAGAGGGACGGACGGGUUGGGGUGGCUGGCCCCACGGAGCCCCUUUGAGCCAGCGCUUCGGCUUCACAGGGGUGCCUGCCGCUCCCCCCCCGACCCUCUGCUCAGCCACCUCCCAGACCCCUUUAAAUGCAAGUGCAUUGAGGUCCAGCCCUCUGGCUCCCCUGCUAGAUGUGGGCCGAGAUCCUGGGGUCAUGGAUAGUGUGAGCUGAAGCCCCCCCCCCCAGGCCUUUCUCAAGAGGGCAGGCCCCCUGCGUCCUCACGCUAGACCCCUCCGGUCCUUGUCCUAAAGCCAAAGAGGCGCACGGCUGCCCUUGAACGGUGACCCUGCAGACAC